UUCGAAUCGACCUCAAGCGCAGCAGGUUGUCUUCUUGCGGAGUGAAAUAUAGUAAGACGCGAUCGGCAAUGCAGAACGACAAAUUUGCACCACCGCCGUUUGGCAUGCAAAACGACAAGUACCCACCGCCAAUGGGUUUCGUCUCGGCACCACCACAGCAAGGAUAUCCACCACAGGGACAUCCACAGCCAGGAUACCCGCAGCCAGGAUACCCGCAGCCAGGAUAUCCCGCUCACAUCACACCGGCAGACACAUAUGGAGGUCCUCCACCACCACCACCACAACCACCGAGGGAUCCACCCAUCCGAGUGGAUCCACCACGCGAAGGAUGUUUUCAGCGCAACCAGAAAAACAAACCACAACCCAAUGCUGUGGGCUCAGCUGGUCUCAUCUUCAUGUCAGGAGGCAUGAACAUAGCGUGGUCUGUUGGCUUCCGAGGAGCCAUCUACUACUCGGCCACCCAGCACAAUUUCGUGGCCUGGUUUAUUGGAGCCAUUAUUGGGGCGGUGGCUAGCUGCUUGCUCGCCAACAAGGUGGCCAAAAAACAUGUUUUGCAAUUUUCCUCGGUUCUGGUGACCAUCGGUGGAUUGGUUAUCGCCUGCACCUACAAUAAUGGCCCUGGAACAGUGGCCGCAUGCUAUUUGGAUGGCAUAGCCAACGGAUUGAUAUUUGCCCCCUUCAUGGCCCUCGCCGGAGAGAUCUCGGUGGCCUAUAAGAGGGGCGUUGUCACCUCCAAUUUGGAGCAAGUAUGCUUUGGCGUCGGCAUCUUUCUGCAGAUUAUUUAUACCAGUAGCUGGUCGGCUACCGCAUACUACAAUGAUUUUUCGGCCGAGAACAUGAAAGGAGUGCUGAGCACGAUCUAUGGCAUAUUGGCUCUUAUUAUGGGCUCACUUAUGACCAUCGAAUCGCCAGUUCAGAUGCUGGCCGAUAACGAUGAGCAGGGAGCCAUUGAUGCACUUCGUCGACUGCAAAAACCCUGCGUUCUGACCGAAGAAACCUACGAUCAGCUGGCGGAGCACAAGCGGUAUUUGGCCUUCAAUAAGGACAUGUCCAAGAAUCAGAGCAUUUCCCAGGCCCUUUCCACCUUUGCCCGACUCGCUUUCCUGCGAGUCCUGAAUGCGAUGAGUAUUUCCAGGUUUGUGGUCCUAACUUUGGCCAUUUCCAUCUACGGCUCGUAUGGGUUUUCGAGCGCCAGCUCCUGGUUCGUAGGAUUCGCCAUAUGCCGAUGGAUGGGAACCGUCAUCCCGUCCUUCUGCACGGACUGCUUGGGCCGCAAGAAGAUUACUUGUUUUGGCCUCCUCGUGAGCUGUGGAAUGUCCUUCGCCCUGGGUUCGCAGUACGAUGUGUACACCUACAUGAGGGGAGUGACCGCGUUGCUGAUGGUCUUCGAGUUCUUUGCGGGAAUGGCUUUCUCGGCCACCUCAGCGUACCUCUCGGAGGCCUAUCCCCUGGGGGUUAAGCAGCACUUCAUCGCCCUAACCUUCAUCACCGAAAUGUUCGUCUUCCUCAUCAUCAAUGUAUGCACCUACAAUGUGCUGCAGGCAUACACCUACUUCUAUGUAAUGGGCGCGAUGUAUCUGGUGGGUUUCAUCCUUGCUGUCGUUUCCUUGCCGGAAACGAAGCUGAUGACCCUGCGAGGUGCCCAGGAACAGUUCAGCAGAUUCCUUAACACGCGGUUCUAAUGUAUACUUUUGUAUUAUAAAGUUAAAAUUAUAUUUAACUUGAAGAGCUUAAGCUUUAUUUCACAAAAAAACGAAUUUCAAUGUUCAAUACAUGGGGAAAUCCCAACGGGGAACCACACUAUCUUAAAUCA